UGUGCGGCGGGAGGGGAUGCGCCUGCUGCUCUCUGCGCGCGAGAUGAGGAGCCUGGUGGUGGCCGAGCUGGUGCUGGAGGCGGGGGCGGCCGGCUGCAUCCUGUGCCGCUGCUCGCGGGCCUUCGUCGAGGAUCGAAAAUUAUAUAAACUAGGAUUAAAGGGAUUUUAUGUCAAAGAUGUCAGUGACAGUACAGCUGAGGAAGAAAAAGAAGAGGAGGAUAAUCAUCCCAAUGUGACAGAAGAUUCAAAUAGCAAUCAUGCCUUGGGCCCAGAUGAGGCUGAACUAGACUCAGAGGCUGAACUAAUGAGGCAUAUGGGGCUACCACUUCAGUUUGGUGGACAGUCAGCUCUCAAGGAAUUUGUGGAUACAGAAAAUUUCAGAAAGAGAAACAAGAUGAAGAAGAAGAAAAUGUCAAAGAAACAAUUACGUCAAAAACACUUGUUUGAAAUCAUGCAGGAAACUCGGGCAGAAGAUUGUGAAGACCUUAACCAGUCUGUUUCAGAUGAUCCAGCUUUAGCCACAGAACAAACUGAGGAGAUAAACAAGUACAAGAUUCUGACUCAAGAAAACUGUAAAACCACAGAUUCCCCUGAUAGUGAUGCUUCAGCCAGUGAACUUAAAGAGAAAUGGGAAAAGUACUGGAGUGAGUAUGGAGAAGGCCUUUUGUGGCAAAGUUGGCUAGAGAAGCACAAAGAACUAGAGUUGUUAGAUGCUACGCCUGUAGCUGAGCCUUGGAAUUCUCCUGACACAAAGGAAAAGUGGGAGCAGCAUUAUACAGAAGAAUACUGGUAUUACUGGGAACAGUUUAAUUACUGGACAAGUCAAGGGUGGAGUGUUGACAGCUCAUGUACUGAUGGCCCAGAAACUCAUGUGGAAAUAGAUCCACAAGAAGUGGACUUCGUUAGCACAGAUGCUGAAUGUAGUCAAGUUCUAGACUUGUCUCUUCCCUCUGAUCCUCCCUGCAAGCUUAAUUGUGAAGAAAACCCUAGUUCAUGUAAUGAGUCCCAUAAUGAAAUACUUUCUGGGAUUAAUAAAAUAAAUCUAAAUUCAGAAGAAGUGGAGCAAAGCAAAUCAGUAAUUUACAAUGGCCAUCAAAAUCUCAAUUCAGCUAGCAAUGAAAAGCAGUGUCCUUGUGGUUCCAGCCAGAAAGAACCUAGUGAUGGUGGAACCAAGAAAAGAAGUGCAUCUUCUGAAAAUAAAAGUACAAACCAGUCAGAUUCACAGGACUCGCUUAGACCAAAUUCUAAUAAUGAAGGACAUUUUCACAAGAGUCAUAAGAAUGAAGAUGGCGAAGAGGAAGAAGAGCCUCCUGAACAUAGACAUGCCAAAGUCAAAAGGAGCCAUGAAUUGGAUGCAGAUGAAAACCCUGUGGCCGAUCCUGAGGAAACAUGUUGUCUGCUAGGACUCAAAUAUGGUACCGGAGAAAAGUAUGGGGGAAUUGAAGACUUUAGCCACAGAAAGGUGCGGUACCUGGAAAAAAAUGCAAAACUCAAAUCCAAGUUCUUGGACAUGCGCAAACCCGUCAGGAGCAAGAACUCGCACAUCUUCUUUACCCAGGAAUCUGAAAUGUUGCCUUACCAAAAAAAUAAAACAUUGAAGAAGGUAGAGAAGUUCCUAAAGCAGGCUAGUGAACCUGUGGAGGAGAUGACAUCUCAGGCAUCCUUUCCUCAGGAUAAAUUGCAGGGAUUCUCUACAAGCAGUGACUCAGAGGGACAGGAAAGUAUUACCUCACAAAAAUAUCAUCUGAAUGCUAAAGAGUGUGACCUGCUAUCUUCCAGCAUUGUUAGUUUUGAACCUGAGGCAAACAGUCUUGAAGAGGAAAGGGAAGAAGCAUCAGCAAAUAUCUCUAAUUCUCAGAGCUUGGGAAAACAGGAAUGCAAUUCUGGAAGACAGAUAGUUGCUCUGGAUAUUCCAGACUAUCUUCGGGUAGAAACAGAAGAGGUGAACCAAGCUGCAACUGAAACAAAUACCAAAAAGAAGAAAAAUAAGAGAAAGAACAGAAUUGGACCACUGUCUUUACCUACUGAGAUUGCUGCUGAUCCUGAGCUGGCAAAAUACUGGGCCCAGCGCUACAGACUGUUCUCUCGGUUUGAUGACGGGAUUAAAUUAGACAGAGAGGGUUGGUUCUCUGUUACACCUGAGAAGAUAGCAGAGCAUAUUGCACAUCGAGUCCAACAGUCAUUCAGCUGUGACAUUAUAGUGGAUGCAUUUUGUGGAGUUGGAGGAAAUGCUAUUCAGUUUGCCUUGGCAUCAAAAAGAGUGAUUGCCAUUGAUAUUGACCCUGUUAAGAUCAGCCUUGCCUGCAACAAUGCUGAAGUAUAUGGAGUGGCAGAUCGGAUAGAGUUCAUAUGUGGAGACUUCAUGAUCCUGGUUUCUAAUUUAAAAGCAGAUGUUGUGUUUCUCAGCCCUCCUUGGGGAGGCCCAGACUAUGCCACUGCAGAAAUCUUUGACAUUAGGACAAUGAUUUGUCCUGAUGGAUUUGAAAUUUUCAGGUUGUCCCAGAAGAUCACAAAGAACAUUGUGUAUUUUCUACCACGUAAUGCUGACAUUGACCAGGUUGCGUCCUUAGCUGGGCCAGGAGGACAAGUUGAAAUAGAACAAAAUUUUCUCAAUAACAAAUUGAAGACAAUAACUGCUUACUUUGGUGACCUAAUCAGACGUGACAUAUCUUGAGCUUAACAAGUAUAUACCCAAAUAAAUGGAUCAUAGUGUGUGAUUUCCUAAUUAUAUACUUGACUUCCUUUUGUCCUUAAUCCUUUUAUGUUCUUGGCUUAUCUAAAAUGUUCUUUUUCUUCCUUUCAGUUUCUUAGACAGUAUUAUUUUUCAAGUGUCAAUAAAUGCUUUUUUAUAAAA